ACCACUUCCCUGUUCUCCAUAAUUGCCUUCCCAGUCUUCAAGGCAUAAACUGACCUUGCCAUUUUGUGGAACACGAGGCAAUGGCAAUUUCCUCAAGAUGGCUGUUCUUCCUCUCCGCCAUUGUUAUACUCACUACACAAGCCGUCGCGCAGAGAAACCCGCUAUUCCAUUUCUGUUUAAACAACAAGGGCAACUACACCUCCAACAGUACCUAUGACAAGAAUCUGAAUCACCUCCUCUCCUCCCUCUCCUCCGACGCCAGAGCUAACUCCGGGUUCUUUAAUUCCUCUUAUGGCAACAACUCUGACGAAGUCCACGCAAUCGGACUUUGUAGAGGGGAUUCUAACUCAGAGGACUGCCGCAGUUGCCUCAACAACGCUACGUCUGUUCUUAAACAGCUCUGUCCCGUUCAGAAGGAGGCAAUUUUAUUGUACGACCACUGCAUGUUUCGCUACUCAAAUCGCUCUAUUUUUGGCCUCAUGGAAACUGUUCCUAGUCUCUAUAUGUGGAACGUGAAUAACGUACCGGCCAAUUCUUUGAAUCAGUUCAAUGAUGUUCUAUGGACCCUGUUGGAAGGCUUAAGAGAUGAAGCUGCAGCAGGUGGUUCUCUUCGUAAGUACGCAGUAAAUAACACAAUCGCACCCCAAUUCAUGACGCUAUAUGCACUUGUGCAGUGCACGCCUGACUUAUCUCGGGAAGAAUGCGACACCUGCUUAACUGGGGCUUUCGGAGAAAUCCGAAAAUGUUGUAGUGGGAAGCAAGGAGCUAGAGUGUUUAGACCCAGCUGUAAUUUCAGGUUUGAGAUCGAACAAUUCUACUACUCUACAUCCAUGGCGCCGCCGAUCCCGUCCCCACAAGCACCACCAGCUUUUCUUCCUCCUCCAUCUUCAAAUAAUACCAACAGUACUCCGAGUGCAGGGAACCGGAACUUUAUUGUAGUUUUGGCAUCUAUUACUUUUAUGGGACUAAUCUCGUCCAUCGCGGGCAUCUAUAUAAAGGCGAAGUGGGGAAGGAAGAAAGCUGGAAAUGAGAUAAUUGGAUCCAUACUAUUCGACUUUGACAAUAUUAAAGUUGCGACAAACAACUUUUCCGAAGCAAAUAAACUCCGAGAAAGUGGAUUUGGUACUGUUUACAAGGGUAGGUUCUCUAAUAAAGUCGUUACUGUAAAAAGGCUGUCAAGGGGUUAUGGACAAAAAGGUGUAGAAUUUGAGGAUAAGGUCCUUUCGCUGACUAAACUUCGACACUGUAAUCUUGUUGAGCUCCUAGGCUGUUCCGUUGAAGGAAAUGAAAGACUUCUAAUAUAUGAUUUUGUUCCAAAUACAAGCCUUGAUCACUACCUUUCUGAUCCGCUCAAGCUUGCAACUUUGGAUUGGGAAAUGCGCUACAAAAUCAUAAGAGGCAUUGCACAAGGGGUUCUUUACCUUCAUGAAGAAUCUAAACUAUGUUUUAAUCAUGGUCUUAAAGCUAGUAAUAUAUUUGUGGACGAAGAAAUGAAUCCAAAGAUUUCAGAUUUUGGCUUGAAAAGCUUGCUUUCAUUGGAUCAAAUUCCCGAGAAUACAAGUAGAAUUGGGAGGAUCGAAGAAGCUCCGGAUGUAAUGCACAUGCUGUUCUCAAUGAAGUCCAUUGUCUUUAACUUUGGUGUAUUAGUGUUGGAGAUAGUGAGCGGACAGAAGAAUAGUUGCUUUCGAGAUGAGGAGAAUGCGGACAAUCUUUUGAGCUAUGCUCGGAGAAACUUCAGCGAAGGAACUGCUUCAAAUAUUAUAGAUCCCACAAUAUUGAUGCCAGAUGGCUCAACAUCUGUAAUAAUAAACUGCAUCCGCACUGCCUUACUCUGUGCUGAAGCAAAUGAAGCUGAUAGACCAACAAUGGCUUCAGUUGUUACCAUGCUCGACGGUACUGACAAACAUGGAAGCAUGGAAACCAAAAUGCCAUCAUUUGAGGAUGAUCAUAGAGUGUUAGGUAGGAGAACUUUCCUUCAGAGGGUCCAGAGAUUGUUUUGGAUGAAAAAGGCUGGCUUUUGCGUCGUACCAUCAUGGGUAGACAACGCCGAUCUGAGCCACCAUAUAUAGGCAUUCUGAACUUUUGAAUUCUCCCAAUUAUUCCACCAUAUAGAGCGUCUUUGGAGUUGAACAGAGAUGGCAAUGGACGUUCCAGGAUAUGUAGGACUUUUCACUUGGUGAGCAUGAUUAUGGGGCUCUAUCUCUGAUGAACGGCUGAUAGAGAGAUCUUUAGGAAAAGAUUCAGAACAGGUGAUAGGCAGGCGGGGUAAAUGGGCCUAUGUUCCCGACGUUGAAAGCGAAGCCGCGGAAGGUCUGGGAAAAUUUCUUCUAACUACGUGUACAGGGCCCUGGAGCCUUGUUUCUUGGGUCUGGUUCGGCUUAAAACCAAGGUCCAAGUCUGUGCAGAGCCAGACAUUAGUGGCAAACUUGUUUUGCAUUGCAGACCGAGAAUUAUACUAUUUGCAUUGACCUGAUAUACUAUUUUAUCAGGUUAGUAUUGAGUUCCUCGUGUGGAGAUCCCUUGAAAUUGGCUAGUUAGAUUGUAUUGCAGUUUGGACAACCAAUGUGAAAAGAGUGUGAGAGCCCCAUUGCCUCACCUCAAGUAGGUGCACCCUCUGCUCUGGGCCAUUGUUAGUGGGAUCAGCAUGCCCCUUUGACAUUGACUGUUCGGAUUUUUGUGCAAUUCAAGCAGUCGAUUAUGGGGAAUCUGAAUUCUGAAUCCCUCUCUCUUGAUAGAUAUUUUCUCCUGUAUUCUGCUACAAUCAUUACGAGGCAUGUGAUAAUACAAUACUGAAAUUUCAUGAA